AUGUUUAGCAAGCGCUCGUUCCGGUCCCAGGACCGAGUCGACAAGGCGUCGAGGCUGAAGAAGUCCAACACCAUUCGAAAUGAUCCCCAGAAGCUGUCGAAAUUGCAGCGGUCUAUUGAAGAGAGCAUGCCUGUGAAGAAGACUCUCAGCUCGCCCAUCGUUACUCUCACCGUGGGCCGAGAAGGAAGACUGUUUGCGGCGCAUGAGGAAGUCCUGUGCCAGUCGCCGUUCUUUGAGCGCGUCUGCCGUGACCAAUACCUUGAUGCGCAGAGUAAGAGGAUUUCUAUUCCCGACGAAGAACCCGAGGUCUUCUCGGCUGUGCUUGAGUACCUCUACAAGGGCGACUAUUAUCCACGCUUGCUUCACAACAAGCACCGAAACUCUUGGGAACUUGAGGAUGCCAAGGCAGCCACUGGAAGAUCGCCGGUACCAUCAGAAAACGGAGGCGGCCGCGGGGCCGUCGAGGCAACAAUCUACAUGUCCAGCGUGGGGCAACACCUUCUCAGGGAUACUGUCAUAUAUUGCACUGCUGAACGGUACGGGCUCGAGGAGCUCAAGCGUCUGUCUCUGCGCAAGCAGGGCCUCCAGAGCGGAAUCGACGUCUCAACCAUUCUGCGCUCGGCGCAAUAUGCCUAUGACAACACGCCGGACUCGGACUCGAGACUCCGCGCUCAUUACCUCGCCUUGAUCAUUCGAUGUCGCAAGACAUUUAAGAGGAGCGGAACCAUGCAGGCGGAGAUGGAAAGGGGCGGUAAACUUUUCUUUGACCUGUUCGUUGCCAUGUGCAAUCAUCUGGACGAUGUGGUGGAGAUGAGCAAUGCUCGGACCCCCAAGACCAUCUGA